AUGUCUGAUCAGACAGAGAGGGCCUUUCUGAAGCAGCCGACGGUCAACCUUAACAACAAGGCCCGUAUCCUCGCCGGAUCGAAGAAGACCCCACGUUACAUUCGUGAGGUUGGACUCGGAUUCAAGGCUCCACGUGAGGUUAGUGUGAAAGCUGGGUUCUCCUUCAACAAUUUAUUUUUUAAAGGCCAUCGAGGGAACCUACAUCGACAAGAAGUGCCCAUGGGCUGGAAAUGUCCCAAUCAGAGGAAUGAUCCUCACCGGAGUGGUGCUCAAGAACAAGAUGACGAGAACCAUCGUCGUCCGUCGUGACUACCUUCACUACAUCAAGAAGUACCGUCGUUACGAGAAGAGACAUAAGAACGUGCCGGCUCACUGCUCUCCAGCCUUCAGGUAAUUCUUGGAAAUCUUUUAUUUCCUUUUGACGAGAAACCAAGAUUUCCGUCGCGGAAAAUUUAUUUGCUUUUCUCUGGGAACAGCCUAUUUCCUUAUUUCUCAAUUAACGCCAGAGAUUUGUCCGAAUCAUUGAAAAACAAAUUAUUUUUCAGAGAUAUCCACCCAGGAGACCUCGUCACCAUUGGAGAGUGCCGCCCACUUUCGAAGACCGUCCGAUUCAACGUGUUGAAAGUCAACAAGGCUGGGUCGUCCAAGAAGGGCUUCAGCAAGUUCUAA